AUGAAUGUGGGCGAGCAGGACUCCUUCCUCGACCAGAGCUCGAUCAUGGGGGUCGACUACUACGGCCGCUUCUCGCUCCACGCGGCGAUGCGAGUCUACCGGCGCGCGCGCGACGACUAUGGCACGCCCGCCACUGGCGCCUUCCUCGGCUGGUUUGGCGCCCUCUUCGACUGGCCCGCCAACCCGGACCCGAUCCGCAGCGGCGGCACCACGCGCACCAAGGCGCUCGUGUCUGGAAACCUCUACGACCCAGGCACGGCAUUUGGGUGGACGGCGGCAAUGCGCAAGGCCUUCCCCGACUCGGCGCUGCUCGUCUCGCAAGGCGUCGGACACAUUACGGACGGCCGGCGCCGGUGGGUGGACUUCCUCGGCCGCGUGGACGGCAGGUGGGUCGACGACGUGACCGAGGAUUACGCCGGCUGCCUCGAGGCGGUCACGCGCUACUGGGCGAGCGGCGAGCUCCCCGUGGACGGGCUGGUGUGCAGGGAGGGCGCACCCGUCGUGGCGGCAGAGAGGCGGACGGAGACGGAGUGA